UUCUCUUUAACCAGCGAAACCAAUAAUUAAGAGAGAUAGGCAUACGAUGGGUUCUGAAGGAAAACCUAUGCUUCCUGUUCUAGAUUUCACCAUAGAAGAUUUGAAGCCAGGGACCAAUUCCUGGUUAUCAACAUGCACAAGUGUGCGCCAAGCAUUUGAGGAGAAUGGUUACUUUGUUGCUGUGUAUGAUAAAGCUUCUAUUGAGCUACAAAAUGGUGUAUUUGGCUCCAUGAAGGAGCUGUUCGAUCUCCCAACAGAAACCAAACGAAGAAACAUAUUUGAGGGCAUGCCCUUGAAAGGCUACGUUGGACAGCACCCCAAGAUUCCCCUCCACGAAAGCAUGGGCAUAGAUCCGGGAACAACACUAGAGGGAAUUCAAAGUUUCGCAGAAAAAUUGUGGCCUCAUGGAAAUGAUCAAUUUUGUAAAUAUAUAUUUGAAUAUGCAAAGGUAGCUGAAGUAUUGAAUCGGAUGGUGGUGAGAAUGAUAUUUGAAAGUUAUGGUCUUUUGGAGCACUAUGACACAUUCAUAGGGUCUACAAAUUAUCUCCUUAGGCUUUUGGCACACAAAGCACUCGAACAGAAUGAGCCUCAACUGGGUUUUGUGGCUCACACUGACAAAAGCUUCACAACUAUUCUUCAUCAAAAUCAUGUCAAUGCACUCAUGGUGGAGACAACGAACGGUAACUGGAUUGAUGUUGAUUUCUCUUCACCUACUUCUUUUGUUGUAAUGGCUGGUGAUGCACUCAUGGCUUGGAGCAACGACAGAAUAAAGUCCCCUAAUCAUAUGGUUAUGAUGAAUGGGAAUGAAACAAGGUACUCUCUAGGCCUGUUUGCCUUCUACAGAGGAAUUCUGAAAGUACCUGAAGAGCUAAUUGAUGAAGAACAUCCAUUGCAAUAUAAGCCGUUUGAUCAUCUUGCAUUACUAAACUUCACUUACAGUGCUAAUAUGAAAGCCUAUUGUGGCGUGUGAAAAGCUUGCCAAGGUUAAACUUUCAGCAAACUGUGUGAUAUGUAUUUCAUAUAGUUCUUCCUUUGCAAAUAGCUACACUAAACUUUGGUUGUGAUGUGAUAUUUAUUAUCUGGUCAGUUAUGUAUUCUAGAUUUGGCUUGUAUUAUAAGUGCUUUCCAAAUAAAUUGCUGAAUGUUUAUCAUCGUGUAAAUGAUGUUGUAUUAAAACUCUGUAUAUCGGUGCGGCUAAGUUGCAGUUUUAAGAUCCUUUUUAAUUUUUAA